AUGGUUAGAAAGGAUAGUGAGAGCAGCUGCUCCAGCGAUGACAGCCAUAACCAUGAGGACCACACUCUGGCCAAUGACGCCGUCGUUACAAAGUAUCAAGUGGCUGCCGAGAUCACCAAUGCGGUCCUCAAGGAGGUGAUCGCCAACAUCAAAGAAGGUGCAGUCGUUGGAGAUCUCUGUGACAUCGGAGACAAAAUGAUUUUGGAAAGAACUGGCAAGCUCUACAAGAAGGAAAAGAACUUCACAAAGGGUAUUGCUAUGCCAACGUGCAUUUCAGUGGAUAAUGUGAUUUGCCACUUCACCCCUCUGAAAUCCGAAGGUCCAGUUGUAUUGAAGAACGGGCAGGUUGUCAAGAUUGACCUUGGAGUUCAUAUCGACGGUUUCAUCGCCACUGCUGCGCAUACUGUCGUUGUUGGAGCAUCGAAAGACAACAAAGUCACCGGAAAAAUUGCUGAUCUCCUCCGUGGAACAUACGAUGGUCUCGAAAUUGCCAUCCGUUCUCUCCGACCAGAAGCAUCCAACAAUGACAUUACCAAAAACAUUGACAAGACAGCUGCUGACUUUGGACUUACUCCAAUUGAGAACAUGCUUUCUCACCAGCUCGAGAGAAAUGUGAUUGAUGGAGAAAAGAAGAUUAUUCAGAACUCAGGAGAGAAGCAGAAGGGUGAAGUUGAAAAGGUCACAAUUGACAAGCAUGAAGCCUAUGCUAUCGAUAUCCUUUUCUCCACUGGAAAGGGACAACCAAAGGAUAUGGAUACCCGAACAACCGUAUACAAGAAGAACGAAUCAGUCAGUUAUCAACUCAAGAUGAAGGCUUCUCGUGUAUUCUUCUCUGAUGUCAACAAGCAGCACGGACCAAUGCCAUUCUCUCUCCGCAGCUUCGAGGAAGAAGUCAAGGCGAAGAUGGGAGUUGUUGAGUGCGAGAAGUAUGGUCUUCUAACUCCAUAUCCAGUUCUCUACGAGAAGGAAGGAGAUUUCGUUGCUCAAUUCAAGGCUACAGUACUCGUCAUGCCAAACGGUCUACUCAAAAUCGCCGGACUCCCAUUCGACUCCGAUGUCUACCAAUCCGAACGUUCCGUUCAAGAUAAGGAUCUCCAAACCGUCCUGAAAUCUGCUCUGAAGCCAAAAAAGAAGAAGGAAGCCAAGAAGGAGGAGACAGCUGCCAAAAAAGCAUAA